UGUGGGAACACAGGGAAAUGAGAAAGCUGACAGAUUGGCAAAAGACACAACAAAAAAGGGGCAUGUUGACGUCAAAAUUAAGUUAUCAAAGUCAGAAGGGAAGAAUCUAGUAUUGAAAAAGAUAAUGGAAAAACAUCAGUGGGAGCAUGAAAAGAAAGGGAGACAUCUGUACAGGGUUCAAAAUAAAAUAGGUAUGGUAAGAGAGUGGGGAAAUAAAAGGAAAGAACAAGUUAUAAUAAGUAGACUAAGCAAGCUAAAUAAAACUCUACAUGUCAUAGGAAAACAUCCUACAUGUUUAUGCUAUGAAUAUCAGGAGGAGGAGACAGUUAAACAGAUCUUUAUGUCAUGCAAGAGAUAUUCACAAGAAAGGCAAGAGAUGAAGGAACAGCUAAGGAGAAUGGAUAUAAGAGAUUACAAUAUUAAAAGUAUAAUAGAAUGUGGAAAUGUAGAUUUUUGAUUUCCAUGAGCUGUAAGCCGUAAUCAUCAAGAUUAAAUCAAAACAAAACAAAAAAACGCUUGAAAUACUUCACUUUAUGUGUAAUGAAUCUAGAAUAUAUGAAAGUUCCACUUUUUAAAUUAAAUUACGGAAAAAAAUGAACUUUUUCGUGAUAUUCAAAUUUUUUGAGAUGCACCUGUAUAAAUAAAAAAACAACAGCCAGAGAUAAACAACUAUAUGAAUUUGUACAUCGACAAUAUUCAUUGACAUUGAGAUUUACAGUUCUUAAUGCCCAUGUGACAUGACAUGACAUAUAAGGCUAAGUCACAAUCAGGCAAGUAAAGCAGUAAGUGGAUUCUUGCCUGGAAAUGUACUUAUGAAUGAAACUUUUAUCUUUUUUAAUAACAAACAGCUUAAUAUCACAAAUGAGUCAUAAGCAUUUCCUUGCCACUAACCAAUGAGACCAGUUAUGGGCGGAGCGACACAUUCUGCAGGCUGUAUGCACGCGCCAAUAUUUUGAAACAGAGCGCGGGCUGAGGCUGUGGCAGGUCUCAUUACUCCACACUGUCCACCUUUCAAACCACACGUGUUUUACCCAGACAGAGGCAACUUGAAUUGACCAAACUGACAUCCGAAUCUCUUACCCAAGGCAGAACUGAGGGAUAAAAAUGGUAUGUGCAUCAGAUAACAGAGGCUUUGUGACCAUCAUCUUUUUCAUACUGGGCAUGGGAACACUUCUUCCAUGGAAUUUCUUCAUCACUGCCUUCGAUUAUUUUAAUGAAAGGCUCAACACAACAACGUCGAGCAAUUUUUCGGAAUCUCACAAGACUGAUCCGUACAUGUUCGACAACAUGUGUGUGCUGCUUUCCCAGCUACCUUUGCUGUUGUUCACAUUCCUGAACUCAUUUCUCUACCAGCAUAUUCCAGAAAGGAUGAGGAUAGCUGGCAGUAUGGUCUUCAUUUUACUGCUGUUUAUCCUCACAGCCACUUUAGUGAAAGUCAAAAUGGAACAGGAUCUUUUCUUCUCCAUCACAAUGUCAACCAUCUGGUUCAUCAACAUGUUCGGGGCGGUGCUUCAGGGCAGUCUGUUUGGUCUUGUUGGGAAAUUUCCCCCAAAAUAUAGCUCGUGGUUUAUGAGUGGCCAGGCCAUGGCUGGCAUCUUCUCUGCAGCUGCCAUGUUGAUGUCAAAGAUCUCUAAAACAGACAACGAGAGUGCAGCUUUAGGCUACUUCAUCACUCCCUGUGCUGCGACACUCCUCACACUGUGCUGUUACUCAGUGCUGCCCCACCUGAAAUUUGCUGGACUAUAUUUAGAAGCUGGAAUUAGAAACAAAGAGACUAAGCCAGAUUUGGAUCUCAAACAAAAGGAGAAUGUGGCCUUGGUCAAAGUGAAGCCCACUGAUUUUGACUACACUCCAGAAUGCAAUGGUCAAAGUAUGUUAACUCACCCUGAUGCUGAAGCCUUCAAGACUGUGGCUGGAGUAGAGAAGCAAGAAGAAAAGUUGCCAGUGUUGGCAGUGUUUAAAAAGAUUUGGGUGAUGGCCCUGUGUGUGACCUGUGUUUUCAGUGUCACAUUGUCUGUUUUUCCAGCAAUCACGGGGUUGGUAAAGCCAAACGGCCUGUUUACAGGAACAUUGGCCGACAUUUUUACACCCCUCUGUUGUUUCAUGGUCUUCAAUGUGAUGGAUUGGAUUGGCCGAAGUGCCACCUCCAUUUUUCAGUGGCCCAGAAAGGACAGCUGUCUGUUCCCCAUCCUUGUGGCAGCUCGUGUGAUCUUCAUUCCUGCACUCAUGCUGUGCAACAUUAAAACCCGCACCUAUCUAUCAAGUCUUUUCAAACAUGAAUUUGCCUACAUAACCAUCAUGUCAUUGUUUGCCAUGACAAAUGGAUAUUUUGCCUGUCUCUCCAUGUCCUAUGCACCACAGUUAGUCAGGCCUAAGGAUGCAGAGACUGCUGGGGCUUUGAUGACCUUUUUCCUGGCUUUGGGACUGUCACUUGGAGGAGUGAACUCAUUUGUCUUGAAAAUACUGCUAUAGUUUUCAGCGAUCGUUCACUGGUCAUGUUACUGCUAUUCAACCAGCUGUUCUACUUUCGUGUUAUUCCUUAGUAAAGUAUAGAAGUACAUGUUGCUGUGGUUUGAUUAGAUUUUGAUGACAUUUUGUCAUUGUUAGAACAGUGACUAUUUAUUAAUUAGUGUGGGUAGCUAGCACUUCAAGGCACCUAAGGACCGUGAUAAUUUCUUCAAAUUGAUUAUACUUCUCCCAGGUGUAUCAUCAUGAUGUUGGUCAAGAUUAAUCAGAUAAUAUAUGCUGGUGUAACAAUUAAAUUAACUUUGUGAUUUUUUUUUUAUUUGUUAUGGGUUUAUUUUAUAUUGACAACUGCAUUUUUAUGGGUUUUUUUUUUUUUUUUUACAAAAAAAUGUAAAUGUUUUGAAUUAAUGUUGCACUGUAUAACUUUAUUGCAUUUCUUUUCAAAGCAGCAAUGCUGUUUUAUGCUUUUAAUGAUUUAUACUUCAUGUGGGUCAGUUUGAUGGUUUUUCAUGUUUUUCUAAUAAAAUUGUUGUAUUUUGG